CGUCUCAAGACGGCGGCGAUCGACGCGGCUAAGCAAACCUACCGGACGCCGCCUACGCGCGUGCAUCUCCCUAUAAGUAGAAGCUCGAUGGCGCCGUCUCCACUCCAUCCCGUUCUCUCCAGUCCCUGGCUAGAUCCUCCUCCUCCUCGUCCUCUCCUGUUCUCGAUUGGCAUCCGUUAAUCGCGUGAGAACUCACAGUCACAGGAACAGAGCAUCGUUCGCAGGGUGUUUGCUAGCUCUUCCCGCGACUCGACCAUGAGCUACCAGCAGGGCUACCCGCCGCCGGGCACUACAGCGGCGUACCCUCCGCCGGGCCAGCAGCAGCAGGCCUACGUCGCGCCGCCGCCGUCCACCUACCCGCAGGACCAGCAGUACGCUCCCGCCGGCGCCGGCGCCGACACCACCAGCCGCGGCGGGCACGGCCACGGCGGCGAUGGCUUCUUGAAAGGAUGCUGCGCGGCGCUCUGCUGUUGCUGCCUCCUCGACGCCUGUUUCUGAUCGAGUUCGUCCCAUGUUGUUCCACCGGCAUGAUCGGCAUGAUCGAGUUCAAGUACUAGUCCCAGAGCAUGUGCGUUGUUUUGCUUCCAUUCGUAUGAUUCAGAUAGUUAGACCUGUGAGAUUUUUCUAGUGGCCUUGUUGAAUGCAUAUACUCUUGGUGUUGUACCUUGUUGGAAUGAUGAAUGAAUUAGUAUAGUGCAUAAUUUCACAAUAAUUGUAGUGAACUUGGUACAGUGAACCUGAAGUUGCAAUGUUGUUGAUCCA